GUCCUCGACGAAAAACCACUAAUAUUGUCUCUAUCUGAGUCAGUCAUUCGUGCUGAGCACUCAAGAACUUGACGACCUGAGAUCGGAAAGGGCCAACUGCCCCCGUAUACCACUUCCGCAGGUUGUCUACUUGACGUGUGAGCACUAUGAUCCCUGAGGAGUUGAGGACGAUCGAGCUCAACCGGCUGAAAGCAAAGGCUCGCCAGAAACAGCGGGAACAUGUAGAGUCUUCAUCUGAGCGAAACGCGAAUCAGAAACGCCCGCUCGAGGUGACGCCUGCCACCUCCAAUUCUCCCACUCGUCCCGAAGCGUCAAAGCCACUCAAACGCGACUCUCGCUUGGGUUCAUACUUCGAGUACGACCUAUCGAAGAUGGUCAACUCCAAGGGUGGUUUCUUGGUCGAGGAUGGAAAAGAGGUAGAUGAAGACAUGAGGGCCAAGGAGCGUCAGCGCGAAAGAGAACGCGCAAUGCAGAAUGUAGAGCCGCCGAUUUACCUUGAUCCGAUCCUCAACGCAAAGUGCAGGGAAUGUCAAAAUGUCGAUAUUGACUACACCUUUCGGAAGGUCUUUGGGUGUCUAGUUUGCAACACGUGCAAGGAGAAGUAUCCAGAAAAGUACAGCCUCCUGACGAAGACCGAGUGUAAAGAGGAUUAUUUGUUGACAGAUGCCGAGCUGCGGGACCGCGAACUCCUGCCUCAUUUGCUUAAAGCGAACCCGCAUAAAUCUACAUUUGCAAACAUGAUGCUAUUUCUGCGACUUCAGGUUGAGGAUUUUGCAUGGAAGAAAUGGGGUUCCCCAGAAGCAUUGGAUGCCGAGUGGGAACGUCGGGUUGAAGAGAAGAAGAAAAAGAAAAACAAGAAGUUCGAGGAGUCACUACGGGAUUUACGACGGCGUACGCGAGAGGGUAUAUGGCAAAGGCGAAAGAAUCAAGAACACAAGCAUGUAUUCGGGACCGCUCACAGGACCGAAGACGGACAUGACCGUCAGGUUUGUCAUGAGUGCGGAUUUACUGUGGACGUGCGGACCGACCAAGCAGAACAUUCGAAAAUUUCUACUUCUCUAGAGGUCGAACAAAUUGAUAACAAUCUGUUUCGUUCAGUCAGUCUGUUCGUGCCCAUGCGCUCGAAAGGCGUCUUUGGCGGUCAAGUCAUCUCCCAGGCCAUCGUCUCCGCAACGCAAUGCGUUAAUCCUGCUUUCGGCCUUCAUUCGAUUCAUUGUUACUUCCUGCUUAGUGCAUCUCCGGCCGUUCCUAUCAUCUAUUACGUGGAGAGACUGCGUGAGGGGCGUUCGUACAGUACGCGAGGCGUGAAAGCUGUCCAGAGUGGCAAGGCCAUCUUUAUGCUGCUAUGCUCAUUCCACGCGCCCGAACCGUGGCAGCCUUCCUACCAAUGGCCCAUGCCUGACGCUCCGAAACUCGAGGACUGCGAGCUGGAAGAGGACCUUUUUAGGCGGCGGGCGAUGCAAAGUGGCAUAGACAAGAGGCUCAAGGAAAUAUAUCUGACGUAUGCUACUGAACGCGCCAAUGGUCCCAUUGCGGUUAGGAGGGUGCCAUGGAAUGUGAAGGAAAGUAAUGACACAGUUGCGUCGACGUACUGGAUGCAAGCGCGGACUGGAAGGUCAGAGUCCUACGAAGUACCUUAUCAAAAGUGUAUACUGGCGUACAUGUCAGACCUAAAUUUCAUCGCCGUCGCAGCUGACACCCUGAAGCUGCGGCGGUUUGCCACUGGACCCGAUGCUCUGGCUAUGAAUUCGACCUUGGAUCACUCGAUUUGGUAUUACGACGACAAUUUUUGCUGUGAAGAUGGGUUGCUUUACGUGGUGAGCUGUCCUCUGGCGGGGGACGGACGCGGAGUUGUACAUGGAAGGCUAUACAGCCGGUCGGGGACGUUUGUUGCGGUUACCUGUCAGGAAGGUGUUGUUCGUGCGGAUAGGAGGGGUCCAGAGCCCCAAGCGAAGCUGUAGACCUGGAGGAUGCUAUGUAAUAACGCAAUUGAUUUCAGUGCACCCACAGUGUAUGAAUAUAUGUAAGGAAGUCUUCUGAUGGGCGUAACAACAAAAGAGGGC